AUGUCAUCUCCAUCACCAAUGAUACCACGACCGAAGCGGGUUGUCACUGGAUAUGACGGUCGAGGAAAAAGUGUCAUCCAAACCGUUGACCAAGGUAGAUGGACCGAAGUCCAGGAGGGCAAGGCUCUGUGGAAUGUCAUGUGGUCAACAACCACCUUCCCCAUCGAUAGUGCCAAGGACGAUGCCCUGGAACGGGAAAAAGAUGAAAAGGUCAUGUCCCUCUCCCUUCCCAACGGCACAGUUCUGAGGAUGGUGGACAGAGCACCGGGGACUCAGUCUGCCAUGCACCGAUCCCAGACUGUGGAUUACGGGGUGGUUCUGGAGGGGGAAAUGGAGAUGGUCAUGGACUCGGACGAGUCUGUCGUUUUGCGUCCCGGAGAUGUUUGCAUUCAGCGGGGGACACUGCAUCAGUGGAGGAACACAACGUCCAAAUGGAACCGUAUGAUUUUUGUCUUGAUGGAUGCUGAACCGUUGGCUGUUGGUGGGGAACUGCUGAAAGGAGAAUCAGGAUAUGAGGGAGUUAAGGGAGUGGGAAGUCGACUGUGA